AUUAAAUUGGAACAUUUUUAUUUAUUAAUAGGGCUGACUGAAAAGUGGAAUUACAAGUGAUAUUGUCUCUGUGUCAGUUAAGGAUUGUGUGGGCAAGAUACAGGGUAAUACAUGCCGGGCUGGUAACUAUGAUGAGAAUUAAUUAAAAUAACCCUACCUUGGUAAGAUAAUUGAAGAUUGAAGGUGAAAGUUGGGUUUGUAGGAAACUGCACUAACACAGCACUUCACAGUUGCACACAAAUUGAAGCUUCAAGAGCUAUGUAUCAAACUCCAGGAAUUUUUUCUCACGUCUAAUGUAGAAUUAGACCCACGAAGAUUCCACUAACAAAGUAACAAUAUUUCCGCCAUCAGUAAGAACAUCAAAGAUCUUUGAUGAGACCGCUAUCAUUUUUGAAAAAAAAAAAAAAAAAAAAAAAAAAAAGGUGUUUUUGAGCUGAUUGAGAAAAGGCAACUCUGUUGCAUUCUCCCUUGCUGUUGAGGAUAAAUUUUAUUAAAGUUUAUUUUAAAUUUAAUGUUCCGCUAUUAAUGAAUUUUAUCGUGCUCAGCCCGCAACCUUACAAGUGUAAUAAGGGGAGAGACUGCAAUCAGGUUAGCACAAUAUAAAAUGAGUCAAACAGAGUAGGGUUAAACAUGAAGAAAGAGGAAAAAGGGGAGAGACUGCAAACAGGUAAGCAAAAAAAAAAAUGAGUCAAACAGAGUAGGGUAAAACAUGAAGAAAAAGGAAACAAAAAAAAAAAAAAAAAAAAACGAACGUUACGGCAGAAAGCCUUCGUAAGUAAACAAACCAACAGAGAAAACAGUAUAAAAAUAAUAAACAGCACUUGUCAUUUUGUCACCUUGUAGUUUUGUCAUCUUGUCGUUUUGUCACCUUGUCGUUUUGUCAUCUUGUCUUUUUGUCACCUUGUUGUUUUGUCACUCGUCGUUUUCUCAUCUUGUCAUUCUGUCAUGUGUUGUUUUGUCACUUUUCGUUUUGUCAUGGAACCGAAAAAAACAUAUGAAUGGAAAAUUGUUAGUUUUACUAUGGAAAAGACUGCAAUUCGGUGGAAGAGUUUAAUGAUUUUAUUUACGUCUGGGCGAGGGGGGGGGGUUGGUCAAUUUGCCCAAGGCAGCACAAGAUGCGUCUCAAAAUAAGGAAUUCAUUUGAUAAAUAAUAAACAUUCUUUGGUACAUACAUAUCGGAGGUAGGAAAUACGAUGUGUGCGUUUUUACAUGUAGGAAAAUGUUUAUUUUAUUCCUAUGGUGUAUAUUUUUGAAUAAAUUGAUUUUAUUUGCUCUUUUUACAAACAUGGGUAUGUUCAUUUUGCCCGGGCAGCACAAGAUACGUCCCAAAUUAAAUUAAUGAAUUUGAUAAAUAAUUAACCUUCUUGGGUAGACCUACAUAGCUAUCGGAGGCAGGAAAUAGGAUGCUUUUAUUUUUACGUGGAUGACAAAAUAUUUAAAUCCUAUGGUAUUACAUUUGUGAAAAAAGAGAUGUUAAGUUCUCUAGUUAUAAAUAAGCUUAUUUUUUAAACAAAUUAAGAAAAUCAAUGGCGUUAACAAAACAUGGGUAAAUUUAUAUAAAUAAACCCAUUAAUAUCAAAACCCAAUCAUUUUACACAUUGAAAGUUUAAUUUUGAAAAUUCGAGAUGGGGUAAUUUUUUUUUUCAAGGAAAUUAUAAUAUAUAUAUAUUUUUUUUACCUAGCGAAUAUUAAAUGGGUUUAUAUGUUUGUGAUAUUAACUAUUUAAAAAAAGACAAUCAAGUCUGUUAUAGAAUUUAAAAGAGGUUGCAAGAUCAUUCUUUAGAUAAGAGAUUUCUAAGAUCUUACGAUUUUCUGAAAAUUUGUAAGUAAAAAAACAAAGCAAAAAUGUGUUUAAAAUUAAUAUGAAGAUAUUAAUAUAUCAAGCUUCUUUUAGAUAAAAUGUAUUUAUAUCACAUAUAGAGUUUUUGUUUUAAUUUUAAGAUUACGUUUUUAACAAUUUGUUGGGGAAAAAAAGUUGGAAUUCAAGGACACGAAAAGGGGAGAAUUUAAUGUAAUUCUCUAGCGUAGAAAACGUCCCUCAAUUAACUUCUUUAGUGACAAAAGUGAUAUAAGCAGUGCUAAUUUAGAUUAGGAAAUUUAAUUUCAUGUUUAGAGGGGGAAAUGUAGUUUACGGGCGUGAAAGGGAGUAGAGUAGGCGUAUAAUAUAUAAUAAUAAUAAAGUUCAUUUCAAAAACACGCUUCAUCCCUAAAGGCUCGAAGCGCGAUACAAAGUCAACAAAAAACAAAUCUAUAAUUUACCACAUUUAAAACAAACGCAACACUACAAAAACUAAUUACUAGCAUACAAUUUUAAAGUCUUUCUAGCCAUUUCAACCAUAAGCAACACAGCCAUAAUGCAUUAACUGAAAAAUAAGGUAGACAAUCAUCCCAGAAGGUGUUUGCGAAAUAGAUGUGUCUUUAAAUCGGUUUUAAAGGACUCCAGUGUCUGGUUGUUUCUGAGAUCGACAGGAAGGGCGUUCCAAAUUGUUGGACCAGCAAAUGCGAAAGCAGAUAAAUACUUCUCAAAACUUAAUGAUCUUAGAGACGGAAAUAUCAUCAUAUAAAUAUUUCUUUUUAAAGUUAGAAAUUGUGAUAAUAUUUUGAAAUCAAAGGUAGAAACUAUUGCAAAUGACCUGCCAUUAUUAUUCUGAAAACAUCUGGUCAUUUGUUCUAGUCUAAGAAAGCAAUUAAUUGUAUCGACGUCCGUUUUUCUUCUACUAUGCCAACAUGUUCUGUUCACUAACUUUUGUGGUGAUUUUUCAUAUUGUAUUUUUCUCCAAACUUUUUGUUAAACAUUAAGCGUAUGCCAUUGCACUCCUUUGUGGCACAAUGUUAUCUAGGGUUUAGGUGACUCUUCAAACGACCACAGACAACAACACUAUCGAAUCAGAGCCUAAACUCCGUUUUCUUUUUCUCUGAUAAGAAAGUCACUAUAUGGUUGAAAUAAAGAAAUACUUUAAUAGUUCAUGUGAUGUUUCAAGACACAAUGCACACCAACCAUCAACAAUACUGUUCACAUAUUAAACAAUGGAAUUUCCAGCACACAGUGCAACAAACCACUCACUAAUUACUUAAAAAAAGGACAUGCUGCAUGACGUCCAUAACAAUUCUUCUGACCAAUAUAUUGCACCAACGGAAAUGCGUCAUAAGGCAUUCAUGAUUGAGAAAUAGUUAUGCGACACAUGAGGAAGUCCCUAGAAGAAACAUCAUAGCUCACUGAAACAAUUAUACAUAAUGGGAGAUCACCUUCUCUGACAGUGAUAUCUAUAAACAAUAAAUACUUAAAAAGUUUAAAAACAUUUUAAUAGUUUAUUAAUAAAUGUUUGUUUAAAAUCUCUAUUGUAAUGAAACAAUUUAAAAUGCCAAAAAUUAAAAAAUUAAAUAAUUUAUUAUUUUUUUUUAAUUUUGAGAGAAGCGACAUUUUUUCUGUUUUCUUUUACUUUUCAUUACAAAGGUCUCCUAAACACCAUGUUGGCUAUUUUCUUAAAGGUUUCGUUGAUUUAUGCUGCUGUUAUAUGUGAGUACAGUGCUUAUUUUUCUUUUUUCAAACUUAAAUGACACAAAUAAAACAUUUAUAAAUAAAUGGAAUUUCUAUGCUAUACAAUUUUUAUAUUUAAUUUUGUAUGUAGCGAAAAGUUAUUAUAAGGUUUACGUAUUCUUUUUAUUAAGUCUAUGUCGUAAAUAAUCUUUUAACAUUUAGCAAAAAAAUAUAUAUAAUAAUUUUAGUUUUUUACUUGCAUGUUACAUUAUAUGCAUUAUGUUUCAGUAUGCGCCCAUCCUCAAAAGAUAACAGUAUAUGACUACAAACAAGAACAGAGUCAAUCACAGUGCACAAAUGGUCUCAUCAGUGAUGUUGAUGUCGUUGUCUUUCAAUGUCUUGUGGACUAUUCUCAGGAUAGGGUGAUGAAAAGUGUUGUUUUCCAAACGAAGAAGAUAUCCGAAACAAGAUUUAGUUUUGUAAGUCUCUUAUAAUACAAAAUGCUUAGCUGGAAAAAUAUUUGAGAACUGUAAAUUAAACUAUGCACUAUGAAUAGUAAAUGUUAUUGAAUUAAAGCUUUUGACACAAGCCCUGGGACAAACAAUAUCCAUCCAAAGUUAUGUGAUAUUCACUUCGUGACAUAGAAAAUUGUUUACCGGUUGUUGUUUUUUUUUACCUAAAUAUUUAAAACUUGUGUCAGUAAAAGAGUAAACGGUUAUAGAGCUCUUGUAUUGCUUGUGUAAUAGCCAUGCUUUAUAACUAAGUCUCAAAACAUUUUUCACCGAGGGCCGGGGAAUUAUUCUGUACAAUGGUUGCGGGUCAUAACGAAAGCUCUAGGAAAAAAAGAUUAAAACCUAUCAUGAGUAUUCCAUUUAAUUCAUGUUAAUGAUGGUUGAGUGGCAUGCGAUGCACAAAAACUAAAGACGACCAUCAUAUUCAUUUACUUCUAUAAAGUUAUCAAAGAUGGUUAGGUCCGACCUAGUGCGCACAUAUCUGAAUUUCAAAAACUAAGCAGCAAAAGGGGUUUGCGAGAUUCGUGAAACUGACGUUUGGCAUACAAGGUAUCAUCAAUGUUUGGUUUGGAAAUUGUGCAUUCAUUAACGAGAAUUGCACUCGAAUGUUAAUCAGUAAAUGCCGUUCGAUGUGUCGAAAUCACGUAUUUAAUUUGUGAAAAUGUAUACCCACAGACAUAAGAUGCGAGACAUAUUACGUUUGCCCUAAGAGUGGAUGGCGGUGGCGGUGAGUUGGGGGAUUUUGUGUACGGGUGUGCCGGGUAGGGGUCUACUUAUUAAAUUCUGUAAAGUUAACACCACAACAUUUUCUAAAUCAUAAGGGUGACGGUAACGUUGUUGCUUUGAGCGUUUUCAUAAUGGAAUCGCUAGUCACGGCAACUGUAACAUGAGAUUAGUCGUCAAUCAUUGCUUUUGUUUUCUUCCUUGUGGAUUAAGUAAUUUUCUGCCAUAAUUAUGAAUCCGUAAGAUUUGAAAACUACGCUUCGAGUCAACCAUUUACAGUUUGUGGUAGUCAUCAGACUAAAAUAUAGAAGCGAGAAUGUGCUGAAUAAAUAUUGAUUUUUAUUUUAUUUAUUUACCAACUUUUCCUGAAAAAUAAAUCUCAAGUUACUUGGUAGGUUUUUCAAAUUAUGAUGUCGUAGAUCCUUUUUUUAAAUACAUCUUAUUUUAUUAUAGACCUUACCUUGAGAUAAACCACGUUAAAAUUUCACUUGUAACUUUAUUUUUACCAGUUACUGACUAAGAUAAUGUGACAUAUGCGUCCACUCAAUAUAAAUUAAUAUCUAUAGCAGAUACACGUCUGCAAAACAAAGUGACCGCAGUUUUCAAUUUAAACUUAAUUUAACUUCUUUUAAAGAUUAUUUUUUUGUUAAGCCAGCUUAAUUCGAUUCCACUUGGGACUGUGAUGCAAGUAAUUAUUGUAUUCAUUAUUUAUACUAUAUAUUCGUGUAUUUACUAUUAAGAUAAUUUUUUAUAUAAUUUUUAGACGAUAUUGUACACUUUUUUUUUUGAGAUCGAGAGUAACAGGUCUGCAACAAUUAAAAAAAUAUUGCUACAAUCAUUUAAAAUUGAAAAUUAUGAAUUUAAGAUGCAUAGCAGCCAGGUCAUCGCAAAUUUGAAAUCUUCUAGUAUUCUAAAAACAAAAUAAAUAUUGUUUCACAACAUUCGUGUUUAAUACGUUAUAUCAGGCAAACUCAAGUACCGUCAGCGGGCUGGAUGAAUGACUUCGUGGGCCUAAUCCGGCCCAAAGGUCAUAGCUUGGUGAACCCUGCGAUAUAAAAUAGCCAGGAGUGUACUAACAUGUUUAGCAAAUGUAUCGAGAUACAUAGCAAAGAUUCGCAGUAUUCUUUUAUUUUAACUUUAUUUGAUCUUUAUUCUUGACUUUGUUUUAAACAAAUCUAUGGCAUUUGAGGUUAAAAAUAAUUAGCAAUAUUUUAAAAUAUUAUACUCAAUUAAAAAAAAAAAAUUAUUGAGACAUUAACUAUAAAUGAUCUACCUUUAAACGUUUCGAAAAAUGUCCUUCACUGAUAUUAAAAGUAUAUUAGAUUAAUAUAUAAUUUUUACCAAUAAUAAAAAGUGCAAAUACAUUAUUUGAUUACAGCUAGAUGACUGCAAUAUCCAAGAAGACUGUAGGAACUCCAAAUAUGCAGAUGGAGUACAUAUUGACAUAUUUCUCUUAGAAAUAACAAUCAGAGUGAAAGCAACAAAAUCUUUAAGUGGAGCGAAAUUUCGAGGCCAACUUUAUGCAUCCAACAAUAAGCAAAUUCCCAGUAACGAACAGAAAUUUCCACAAAUAGCAGGUAAAACGCAAAUAGGUAAUUGUAUUGAAUAAAUUAUAAAUUGUCAUUGGUUGUUGCUUGUAUGUUACAUUCUAUUUAAUUGUCUCUAAAUUUGGUGGUUUUUUCAAAGGCAUUACAUGCAUAAGAAAUAUUUCUUGACUUAAUUGCGUAAGUAAAGAUCGUGCUAACACAUACACAUUAAUACAUUCACAGAUGUAUCUGAUGUAAAUGGAAUACUUAUUCUCAAUGGGAAAAAAAUCACUCAACCAACAGAGUGCUACGAUGUUUUUACACGCUCACCAUUAAACAUUGUGUUUAUGUGUCAAAGUCAAGUUUUGCCUUGUUUAGUAGCAAUAUCAAAUAAUGAAUCUACUGAGACAGUUAAUGGAAGUGGACUUGUUACAUGGAACAAAGAAUAUUAUUCUCAACGGGAAGUAUAUCUACAUAUAAAAUACGCAGUUUGCAGAUUAAAUGAGCGUGGUCCAACUUUUAUUUGUAAAUUUAUUAUAGGUAAGAAUAUGGAAUUUAAAAGAAUAAUAAAAUAUACAAUAACAUUUUUAACUUUCAUUAUUCUAUUACAUUAUAAUAUACUGCACGGCAUUGCCUUCUUAAUUUAAUUCGUUUUUGAUCCACCCGAUGACUAUUAUAUAAAACUGUUUUUUAAUGAUCUUUUUUUAAAUAGUACAAUAAGAUAUCAACUCAAGAAUAUGUUCUGUAAAACAGCUAACAUUUAUUCUCCAUUCAACGUUCUUUUUUAUAACCCCAUAUCACAUACUCACUCAGUCCAACCAAUAGUCAAACAUUUAAAAUUCACCAUUCGUGAAAACAUUUCACCACAACAAGUUAUGCAACAUGACAACAACACAGACAAAAACGUCAAAAAUUUCAGGCAAAACAAAAGACAACAAUAAUUAUCAGUCAUACAUGCUGUCACAACUUAUACGUUUACUAUCAGGUGUUGAAUGUAUGCAGUGAAAAUGUAAAAUAUAUACAUAUUUUUAUUAUAUAUAUAUAUAUAUUAACAAAAUGGAUGUAUAAAAAACAAAACUGACAUCCAGGGUUAUAAUUAAAAUAAAGCUAUUUACUAAAUAAAUGUCUAAUUAAUGCAAACAAAUGAUUAUAUAAAAACGUCACUGUUAAUGUUUUUCAAAGGAAACGUCUCAAGUCCUGAAGAAAAUAAAGCAGGUGACAUUACAACCCCAGUGUUAAUUUCUAUAGCUAUUGGAGUCCCCGUGCUAAGCUGGUAAGCACACAAAAUAAACUGUGUAAAGUGUUGAUUUUUAAAUAUCAUUUACUAUUUGAUGUAUAUGUUCCUUUAUUAAUUAUAAUUUGAAUCUUAAAUUCAAAUAAUACGAUGUAUCUGAUGUAACAUCACAAACUACAAUAAUAUAUUACGAAUAUAAUAGUUUUAACAUGGUAAAUGCUUGAAAAAAAUCUGCAUUUAACGGUUUAACAACCAUGUGACUCACUAUUAAAUAAAUGUAAUUAUAUGAGACAUAGACCCCACGAAGUAAGUCGAAAACAUAUUCGAUAGAGCUAGAGAAAAAUUGUCAGAAACAAAUACGAGCCUAUAUAGCCAAUAAUUAAAUGAGGUAUCUGGCAUAAAAAUUUUAAUAAUUAGAAAUAUAAAUAAUCGAAUGGGAAGAUUAAAGCUAAAAGUCAUAAUUACGGUUCUUUACCAGCAUAAGUGCUUCUAGUAAAACUUAAAUGACAUUAGUUUUCUAAUCUGGGAAGGGACCAUACGCCGUCAUUUCGUCGAAACCAAACCAUAAUGUGACAAUUUGUCAUCACGGCUUUUCGGCUGUCAUUUCAGCGCUGACAAAAAUGAUUUGAUGUUUCUAAAAGGAAAAAAAAAAAAAAAAGAAAAAUAGAAAAAAAAAAAAAAAAAAAAAAAAAAGCUACUGAGAAAUUAAGUCCAAUUAAUGUACUGCAUUGACUGUUUCUUUGAUGACUUUACGUAAUUUUUGUUACGCCUACCCCGGUUAUGUAACUUAAAAAACAAAGACGGGUGUCCUUCACUCUAAUUUUAAUAAAACAUAUAACACCAUUUGUUCUUUCACUUUUGAAUCUAUAUUCAUGAAUGUUUAGUAGUAAAAAGCUGUUAUUUUGCGAUGUAGUAUGCAGACAAGAACAUAAACCUUACGGCAGAAUUGGUAAUGUUAAGUUAAAAAAAAAAGUUAAAUCUUAUUCUCGAAAACUUGUCCUUUAUUUGACCUUCAAAUUAAUAAGGGGCUAUUUAUCCAAAGAAUUUCGCUAUAAAUUUCUGUAGUUAAAAUGUUCAAAUGCAAAUUUAGUGUGAGAUGAGAAACAAUGAUGAUCCCAGUCUUUGACGCCCAGCUUUAAAGAAAAAUUUACAUUAAAAAAAAACUAAAAACAUUUAAAUAUAUAAAGUGAAAUAUAAUAUGUAGUGAACAAAACAUUCAGCUUAAAAAUAAUUGCUAACAGCAUUCAAACACGCUUAACCCCACCCUUCCUUUUUUUCUUCCAUUGUCAAACGACUCAAUGUUAUCACUUUAUUUACUGAUUGGAGUAAAGCUAAUAUAUCAUAAAAAUAUUAAUUACUAAUUUAUUAUUUAUUAUUCAUUUGUAUUAUAUAAGAAGCUUAAAUAUGGGAGUUAAAUUUUUUGUAAAAAAUAUUUUUUUUUCUACAUUUGAAGAUGUUAAAUUGAAGAAAAUUAUAGGAAAUAAACUGAAUUUGUAAUUUGUAAUUUUUUUUUUUUUGGUCUAUGCUAAGGCACCAGUAUUAGCUCUGGGGAUUUUGAAAAAACAAACUUUUGGAACCAAAUAUUGAAGAAAUGCUAUUGUAAAAGUUAUAUUAAAACAAAAUGAACACGAAGUUACGUUUACUUUAAAAACUGAAAACGACACCAGACAGCGGGUGUAAAUAAUCGCGCAGAAAAAAAUUACUGCUAGUACAAAGUAAAGCAUCAUUUAUCUAAAAAAAAACUGUUAAUUCUGGAUUACAAAUGGGAAAAGUCUUGUAAUGGUUGGAUCGACAUGUCUCUGUCCAAAUGUGGGAGAGAAGCAGACGGUGGGUGCGACUUCUGCCAAGAAGAUGUUUAUCCAAUCUGUUAAAAAUGACUGGCGGGGAAGAGAAAAUGUUGCUGUCGUCAGGUUUGGCGAGGGGAACCGCGCGUUUUUUUUUAGGAUUAUCAUGUUAGGUUAUGAAAUUGUGAGAAUGUUAUGUCAGAAAAGGUUUGUCAUAUUGCCCUUGUCACAUAGACAAGAAGGCCACAGCACGGAAAAUAUUAUUAACCCUUUUAAGUGCUUAUGAAAGUAAUGUCUCUUCGUAGGACUUACAUCCGAUAUAAAUCAUGGAAAGUGUCCUUCGCGAAAGUGUAAAUUCGACUGUUAAAGUCGUCGAAGACGAAGUAGUUGAGAAAAGGUCAUACUGUCUUAACACGAUUAAGCGUAGAAAGAAGAGAAAUGUAAAUUGAUGUGACUAUUAGAAGAUUUUAAGUAUAGGUGGAGAUUAGGUGGAGAUAAGUACGCCGUCUUUAUGAAGGUUGAUCGAAAGGUUCAAAAUGUUGACUCUAUUCUCAUGGAAAAGUGAUGUAAAUUUAAUUGAAGAGUGAAAAAUGCCUACACUGUUGACGAAAAGUGAAAGUUUACCUCUCAAACUAGUGAUAAAUUCAUGGGGCAUCUAGUGUAGUUUCCUUCUACCAUGUGUUCGAGGUGUCCGAUUAAUAAAACUCAGUGUCUUAUGUUUAUCAUGCAGAACAUGAAGGAAAAAUCCCGAUAACGGCGCUAAAUGAAACUCUUUAAAAACUAAAUCGGAAAUGAGUUUGGUCGAAAGAUUGGUUAUCAAUAGAAAUCCAUGUCUCUCAAAAUUUAGAUAAAUAUAGCUUCCUAUAACUUACGGAAGAUACCAACCACUUCAAUCGGCGUUGUAUCAUGGUUGAAACAGUGUUUGUUUCUGAACUAAUUAUAGGGUUACCUCAUAUCUGACGCAUCAAACUUGAACUUUUAAUAAAACAAGCAUUUUCAUUGUUUACACAAGUGGCAACAUUUCGUGUGAUCGAUUACUGUGUGCUCUGUAAGAUGUAAUUUUUUAAAUUUGGUUUUAGCCUAGAAAUUGCUGCCACAUGGUGCCCUUUUGGAUAUUUUAUUUUUGUGUCAUUCAAUAAGGCUGAAAGCAACCUAGGAAAAAAUCGUAAAGUUUUCUUAUUCAAGACAAAGACUUCUGUUAUGAUUUUAUUUUGUUUGUUUAAAUUGCAUUUGAUAAUAAGAAAUAAUGUUACUUGAGCACGAUUGAUAAUAUGUAUUUUUUUUUCUUCUUUAGCUUAAUAUGCUUACUUGUCGUGUAUAAGCAUAAGGUAGGUAUCCUAAUACAUGUCUUUUGCAAUGCAUAUUUAUCUUAAGUUUAAAAACUAAUGUGUAAACAUAAAUAAUGGAGAGAUCGAACAUGUUCUGAAAUAUCUAAGACUAUUUAAAAAGCUUUUGACUAGCCUUCAUAUAACAAACACACAUAUUAAAAAUAGUAAUUCGUUUCAAAAAAUGAUUUCUAAUAUUUUUAGUUUCCAUCAAAAGUUACUGAAAUUUUCAUAUCAUUUUGAACGCAACGUCCUUCAGAGGCUUUCAUUGUACCUUCAAGUCAACACAUUUUUGUCAUAUUUAUCGUUAACUAGCCAAUACACCAGCAUUGCCCGGGAUCGUAAUAGGAAAAACAACACCCUCUACAGCCUUAAAUUAACAUUAAAAAAUAAGCACCUUGCAAAAAAAAAAAAUUCCUUAUAGUAAAAGAGAAAAAAAUCGUCUCCUUGAAAUUCCCAUUUAUAACACUUUUUGUAAAACUUUUAUUUCUCAAAGGAAUCCCGAUCCCAGAGACACCCCAAUCAGAUCCCGCUACCCGGUUGAAUCCCGUUUUUCGAUGGGAUAUCGGCAACUGGAACGAGCCCGCCCCGUUUGGACCCCUGUUCCGCCUGGAUCAGGAUCCUAUUAGAUUACCCAUCCCAUCGGUAUCCCGAUGCCGAUGGAAACCCGAUCCCAGGAGGAUCGAGUUUUCCGAUAGAACACCGAUCCCGGUUAUAUCCUGAUCCCAGUGUUCUCUCGAUACCGAUGGGAUCUCCAACCAUAGUAGUAUCCGAUCCUGUUAGGAUCCCGAUACCCUGUGGGCUCUCUUCACUGAUGGGAUCCCGUGUCCUUAUAGGAUCCCUAACCCGGAUAGAACCCGUGCCACCAUGGGAUCGCUUUACUGGUGGUUUCAGUUUACAGUUCGUCUUGGGAUUCGUAAAAAUUACAGUGAGCUUUUAGAUCGUAUUAUGUAUCCCCAUAUAACUAUUUAGAUCCAUCUGGAAUAGUCUAGAUUACAUUCAAUAUCCUCGUCAAAACGUGUAAAAAAAUGUAUUCACGUAAUAAUUAUUUUAAAACGAAAAAUUAAAAAACUAAAUGAACCACUAUAACAAUAGUCAAUUUACGAUGCAAGAGGAGAACCGACGAAGCCCAUACCAGAAGUGAAACGAUUAUGUUUUGCCUUAUAUAGGAUACAAUUUAAAAAUCAGUCACGAAAACAAACAAAAAUAUAAAAUUUUAUUGUGUUCCAUUAAAUUUAUUUUAAAAAUGACAUAGCUAUAGCUUUUUUAACGUAUCCUAUUUUCUGUAAAAAUUUAGAUUGGAUAUCUUGGUUUUAAAUCCACCUAAAUUUCAGAAUUGACUAUGGAGGGUAUUGCAACAAAGCUGAGCAGAAAUCCAACAAUUCACAUAGAUCAUAUGGUGUUGUCUAAGCUUAUUGAUAUUUAUAUUGCUUAUAUUGGGAAAAAAUGAAAUGGGGAUUCCUGCCCCAGAGAAAGGGAUUUAUGAUAUCAGUACUCUUCGUUAUUUGAAUAUGGAUCAUCAAGUUUUUGUGUACUCAGAUUGGUUUGUAUCCAUAUAUUCAUGUAGAAAUAUUUAGCCUAGAGAUAUUUAUUUAGCGUAUUCUAGGAAUAUCAAAAGGGGCACCCAGUCCCAGAGGAAUGGUUAUUAUGAUGUCAGUACCCUUCGUUAUUUAAAUAUGGAUAAUCAAGCGUAUCUGUACUAUGAUUGAUCAAGAUACAUCUAUUCAUGUUCAAUUAUUUGUCAUUUUAUUAAUGUAGCUAGGAAAAAACGAAAUUUUGCGACCUCGGCCAAAAACAGAAUGUUAUAAAAAGAUCAUAAAACCCCAGUAUUUGAUUUUGGAUAAUGAUGGAUAUAUUUUCCAAGUUUGGUCAAGAUCCAUCAAUCUAUGUAAAAGCCUUCCCGGAACUAACAGCAAAACAAAGAAAUGUACACUUAUAAAAGUAUAUAUAUAUAUAUACUAGACGAUAUACCCAUAAAUAGCCGGAGAGCCUUCGGAACAAAGGAACUUAAAUUUAAAUUGAAGCACCAUGUAGAAAAAGAACUAAGCCUAACUAAAAAUAUAAAAAUACAUAAUCUGUCUUCUAUUAAAAAAAAUUCAUAACAACCUUUGUAAACCACUCGUUCCCCAUAUGACCCUGAUCUCGGAAGGAACACAAUACGAUCACGUUUGUCAUUUUAUAUUGGUAUACGAAGCGAUUCAGAUCCAGUUUUUUAUCCGAUGCCGGUAGGAUCCCGAUCCCGGUGAGAUUUCAAUCCCUGUGGGAUUACGAUCACGGUAGGAUCCCGAUCCUGGUUUGUCCCCGAUACAAAGUUGAUAUUUCUAUCCCGGUCCGGUGUGACCCUUGUUGGUUCCCGAUCCUGGUUGAUCACGAUCCUGGUUUGAUACUGAUCCCGGGGGUCCCGAUCCCGGUGGGAUCCGUAUGCCGAUGGGUUACUGAUCCCGGUGGUAUUCCGGAAUAAAUAAACCCACAAACAUUCACUUAUAUAUAUAUAUAUAUAUAUUGUAUCAUAUAUGCUGUAUAUAAAAGUGUCUUGUUUAAAGUAUUAAUCUUUUUUUAAAUAUUAUUUAAAAUAAAAAUAGUUACGUCUGUAUUGCUUAUAUAUAUAUAUAUAUAUUUUAUAGAUGUAUUUAUAUAUAUAAGACUUUCACUAGAAAAUAAUAAGUCUGCUUAUAAAUGUAUUACAUUUUUAAAAAUAAAUCAUUUAACUCUUGAUCCCCUUGUUUGAUUAUGUAUUAUACCUGAUAAAUACAUGUGUGACACUUAUUGUUCAUUACUUUUAAACAAGUACGAAAUAACAAAAAAAUUACAAUAAUUCAUAUUUAAAAAAAAAAAAAAAAAUUAGUCUCUCUUUAGGGUUUUUUUUAACCAAUUUUUAUUUUUAAUAAAUAACAAAAAUUAAAAAAAAAUUUUUUUUUUUUUACAUUUAUUUUUUUUUUUUUUUUUUUUUAAAAAAAAAAAAAAAAUACAAUAAUUCAUAUUUAAAAAAAAAAAAAAAAAAAUUAGUCUCUCUUGAGGGUUUUUUUUAACCAAUUUUUAUGCUGAAUAACUAACAAAAAUUAAAGAAAACUUUUUUUUUUUCUACAUGUGUUGUUUAUUUUGUUUCUAUAGGAAUUUGGACUCUUCUUCAGGAGGAUUUCAACUUGUAUUUUGAAAACAGAUCAAGCGAAUUGCAAAUACGAGACUUGCAUAAGUAAACAAGUUUACAUUUUUUUAUUUAUUCUUAUAAGACUUAUAAGAGAUAAAUACGGUACAAUUUACAGUUUUAACAAACAAAAUAUACUUUAAUAGUUGUAGCAUUAUUCAGGAGAAAGGGCAUACAAAUUUUGUUUUUCUUUAAUAUAAGUAUUAAUUUUUUUAACUCUUAAAAAAACUUUGUUAAAAAAAUAAAUAAAAAAGUAAAUGAACUUAUUUCAAAAUGAAUUGCACAGCUGUUAAAAGGGUCUACAAUUCGAUUUAUUACAUAUCUAGAUUUAUUACACAACGAGUAUUAUAAACUGUAUUUUUCUCGUUCAUAUAUUUAAUACUUAUUUCACAGUGAACGAGCGACAGAAUUUAAUGGAGGAUUUUAAAACGUGUUCAAAAAAUAAAAAACACUCACAGUUUAUUCCAUCAGAUAAUUUCACAAAAGAACACUUGCCACAAAUGGAUUUGGACAGUGACAUAUUAGAACCACUAUUUGAUUUAAUUAAUCUUGUUGCUGAUCUAACUGUGCGAGUUAGGGUCUUAUACAUUAGCCAUGAUAGACCACAUUUUUUUCCAGAUGAGAAACAUCCUUACCCUUUUUCUGACAAAAAGGGAGAUACAGUUACAACAAGGCUUGGAACAGCGUUUAUAAAACGUGUUGUUGUUAUACAAAAAACUGAUGGACUUAAAUGUCCUUGUUAUAAAUGUCUCAAAAGUAAUGACAGCGGCAAAGCAUGGGGUAAAGUUUACAUUUCCACUGCCAAAUCACUGAUUUUUGAUAACAGCGAGGCCCGUUUCUCAACUUUCAAAAUAAGUUUCAAUAAACAAACUGGUGAUUACUACUAUUUAAAUGGCUCAAGGGUUACACAGUCAGAUUUGUAUCACGAUCAAUGUUAUAUUGAAUGCGUGACAUGUGACGAAGAUUUACUAAAUUUACUGUCUUCUAAGACAAAGGGCUGCAAGCAACAAAUGUCUGAUGUUAACUCUAAAUACAAUGAAGGUAAAUGUAAAGACAAAUUAACAAUAAUAGUAUCUAAUCCUCACGGAUGUCCCGAGCAUGUCUCUUUAGGCCAUUGGACCAACAGAUAUGUAGUAGCGGCUGAUGAUUCUAAAGAAAGUACGAAAUAUAUUUACACCACACCUACAUGCCCAGGUUGUAUCGGGGCUUUUGUCUACAUACUUGGGGCAAGUGAUAUUUCAUUAAAACAUCACGUGCACUGUGGAUUUAAUGAAGAAAUUAACAACUUUAGCAGCACGGGAAUCGAGAAAAUAUGGAAAGCCAAACUUUGAAAUAAAACUGAAAACGUAAAACGUGAUGCAAAUUUUUUUUUUUUUUUAAAGUUUAUUUUGCAAUGAUUAAUUGUAAAAUAAACUGUAACGCUGAUUAAGAGGUGGUAAUGGAGAUUUUUGUGUUUUGCUUUAUAUUUUACUAAUCAAUCAGAAAAUCUGAACAAAGAAACAGCCCAAUAUUUUAAAAAAGAGAACCGACGUUUUAUAAAAUAUUUGUUUUCUAUCAAAUUAGCUACGUACAAUUAUCCAAUCUAGUUAUUAUACUGUAGUAAGAAAGGACCCGAUGUUACCGGAAUAAAAAUGGAAGGCAAUUGAAAAAUAUUCAUUAGCCACAUAAUGUAUGCCUUCUCCUCUUAAUUUUUAGGACCUAAAUAUUACAACAACAAAAAAACACAUCCUUUAAUUUUAACAACAAAUUUAAUUAUUAUUAUUUUAAUAUCUACAACAGUAAUGGAAUUAGAUUUUUUGUAUCUUCAUUAUAAGAUUAACCAAAGCUACUCUAAUACAUUUUGGGAGAAUCGUAACACACAAAAAUCUUGAGAAAUGAAUAAUGUACUAACUAAUUUUUCGUCUUUAACAGCCAAAGUUUUCUUUUUUAAAUAAUCUUUUUUUAACUAAAGUUUUUGUCAUAAAAAGUUUUGUCAUGUACACCCGCGUUCCCAUGGAUUUUUAUUUCUCAAAAAUAAGUAAAAAUAUAUUUUGAAAAAAAGGUUAAACCCAUUUUUGUUAAAGCCCAUAAAAUAUAGUGGAAAAAUAUGUCUCUUACCGUUAAGAUUAAAUUUUCAUGUGUGCAAAAUAAUUCAGUCGUUUUCAUCUACAUAAGAAAUGUCCCACUCUCUUUCUUUCAAACUUUAUAUUAUGUUAAAAAAAAUAUUUACAAGUAGUCGACCCGCGACAGAAUUGCUUUUGAACUAUAUUAAUAUUCUCAUGUCCCAACCACUUUUAAACCGAAUCUUUUUUACACAACACUUAAAUUGAGACGAUUUCAUUUCCGAAAAGAAAAUGUUAAGCACAAACGCAAUUGCGUUUUUAAAUAUGUAUAAAUAUAUAUUUAUUUAUUUGAGAAAGUAAAGUGGUUGUGUAUUUUAUGACAUAAACAAUUUUAUAAAAAACACUCAAGUCUGUUAUAGACGUG